AUGCCUCCGGGACACAAAGCCACAGUAGCUCAGCUUGAGACAUUCACACUCCCUGAGCGUGUUACGGGUAGCCCUGGUGAUCGUGCCAUGGGAAAAGCUUUGGUUGAUGCCUGGCGCCGAGAUGGUAUCCUCCAAGUCUCUAUGAAUGACAAGCAGCAACACAUCUUCAAUGAAGCCACAGCCUCAAGCAAGGCAUUUUUUUCCAAACCCCAUGAAGAGAAGGCUGCAUGUGUUGACUCUCAAAGCUACUCGGGCUACAUCGCCUCUGGCGAGGAAAUCACCGAUGGUAUCGCCGACUACUCAGAGAUCUUCACCGUCACUAAAGACUUGGAUCUCGCUGAACCCCGCGUUCGCGCAAAGUGGCCCUGCCACGGCCCGGCCCCGUGGCCCGACUACGAAAUGAAACAGCCCAUGACUACAUACAUGGACUACCUUGGAGAAAGUGGAGAGAAAUUGCUCCAGCUUGCUGAGCUGGGCCUGAAUGUUCCCGCCGGUUCCCUCACAAACCUGACUCAGGACGGCUGGCAUCACAUGCGUAUCCUCAGAUUCCCUCCUACCCACAACACCAACGGCAAGGGCAAGGCUGGACGUGGCAUUGGCUCUCACACAGAUUAUGGCCUGUUGGUCAUUGCUGCCCAGGAUGAUGUUGGUGGCCUUUUCAUCCGUCCCCCAUACGACGGUGAGCACUACGCAAACUGGGAAAGGAGCUCAGCUGGAAUGGCAGAGGAGGACGACCGGUGGCACUACGUGCCCCCUGUUCCCAACGUCUUCACAGUCUUCCCCGGUGAUAUCAUGCAGUACAUCACCAACUCCUAUCUGCCCUCUACCCCUCAUAAGGUCGGCUUGAACACCCGCGAUCGUUUCGCUUUCGCCUACUUCCAUGAGCCCAGCUUCCAGGCCGUUGCCAAGCCUCUUCCAGGGUACGAUGUCGGCCAGUCUCCCAAGGAGGGAAUCCACUACGGCACUCACUUUACCAACAUGUUCCUGAGGAAUUACCCUGAGAGAAUCACCACUAAGAGAAUGCAUGCGGAGAAUCGUCUUGCCCUCCUCGAGAGGGAGGAGCUCCGAGCCCAUUCUUCUCAACCGAAUACAACAGAUAGAGCUGUUGCAAAUGCUGGACAGCAGACUCAACAGGCUUCCUUAUAA